UAAAAGCGCCGCCCCGGCGCCGCCCGCGUAGCUUCUUCGCCUCCGUCAGCGGGGACCACGAGCUAGAGCCGCAGCGGGACCCGCCCGGCCCCCCCGGCUCCAGCGAGCGAGCGGCGCACAGAGGCCCGGCCGCCCACGGAGCCCGGAGCCCGGCGGCCGCCGCCGCGAUGUUUCCCCGGGAGAAGACGUGGAACAUCUCGUUUGCGGGCUGCGGCUUCCUCGGCGUCUACUACGUCGGCGUGGCCUCCUGCCUCCGCGAGCACGCGCCCUUCCUGGUGGCCAACGCCACGCACAUCUACGGCGCCUCGGCCGGGGCCCUCACGGCCACGGCGCUGGUCACCGGGGUCUGCCUGGGUGAGGCUGGUGCCAAGUUCAUUGAGGUAUCUAAAGAGGCCCGGAAGCGGUUCCUGGGCCCCCUGCACCCCUCCUUCAACCUGGUAAAGAUCAUCCGCAGUUUCCUGCUGAAGGUCCUGCCUGCUGAUAGUCAUGAGCAUGCCAAUGGGCGCCUGGGCAUCUCCCUGACCCGCGUGUCAGACGGCGAGAAUGUCAUUAUAUCCCACUUCAACUCCAAGGAUGAGCUCAUCCAGGCCAAUGUCUGCAGCGGUUUCAUCCCCGUGUACUGUGGGCUCAUCCCGCCCUCCCUCCAGGGGGUGCGCUAUGUGGAUGGUGGCAUUUCAGACAACCUGCCACUCUAUGAGCUUAAGAACACCAUCACAGUGUCCCCCUUCUCGGGCGAGAGUGACAUCUGUCCGCAGGACAGCUCCACCAACAUCCACGAGCUGCGGGUCACCAACACCAGCAUCCAGUUCAACCUGCGCAACCUCUACCGCCUCUCCAAGGCCCUCUUCCCACCGGAGCCCCUGGUGCUGCGAGAGAUGUGCAAGCAGGGGUACCGGGAUGGCCUGCGCUUCCUGCAGCGGAACGGCCUCCUGAACCGGCCCAAUCCCUUGCUGGCGUUGCCCUCUGCCCGCCCCCACAGCCCAGAGGACGAGGACGAGGCAGUGGAGAGCGCGCAAGCGGAGGAUUACUCGCAGCUGCCCGGAGAAGAUCACAUCCUGGAGCACUUGCCCGCCCGACUCAAUGAGGCCCUGCUGGAGGCCUGCCUGGAGCCCACGGACCUGCUGACCACCUUCUCCAACAUGCUGCCCGUGCGUCUGGCCACGGCCAUGAUGGUGCCCUAUACGCUGCCGCUGGAGAGCGCCCUGUCCUUCACCAUCCGCUUGCUGGAGUGGCUGCCCGACGUUCCCGAGGACAUCCGGUGGAUGAAGGAGCAGACGGGCAGCAUCUGCCAGUACCUGGUGAUGCGCGCCAAGAGGAAGCUGGGCAGGCACCUGCCCUCCAGGCUGCCGGAGCAGGUGGAGCUGCGCCGCGUCCAGUCGCUGCCGUCCGUGCCGCUGUCCUGCGCCGCCUACAGCAAGGCACUGCCCGGCUGGAUGCGCAACAACCUCUCGCUGGGGGACGCGCUGGCCAAGUGGGAGGAGUGCCAGCGCCAGCUGCUGCUCGGCCUCUUCUGCACCAACGUGGCCUUCCCGCCCGAAGCUCUGCGCAUGCGCGCAUCCGCGGACCCCGCUCCCGCCCCCGCGGACCCAGCGUCCCCGCAGCACCCGCCGGGCCUGUCCCCUUGCUGAGCACCCCUGCUGUCGAGGCCCGGCCCAUGAUCGGGGUCCUGGGGCUGGGAGACCCCGACCCUCUCGAGGAACCCUGCCUGAGACGCCUCUACUACCACUGCGGAGUGAAAUGAGGGGACUCACAGUUGCCAAGAGGGGCCUUUGCCGUGGGUCCCCUCGCCAGCCACUCACCAGCUGCACUGAGUGGGGAGGUUUCCACACCCCUCCCCUGGGCCACUGAGGCCCCGUGCACCUGUGCCUUAAUCUUCCCUCCCCUGUGCUGCCCGAGCACCUCCCCCGCCCCUUUACUCCCGAGAACUUUGCAGCUGCCCUUCCCUCCCCAUUUUUCAUGCCCUGCUGAAAUAUGUGUGUGAAGAAUUAUUUAUUUUCGCCAAAGCACAUGUAAUAAAUGCUGCAGCCUAGCCUCUGCCCA